AUGCGCUUCCUUUCUCGUAGCGGUACCGCAGAUCCGUCUGCCUCAGGUGUACACCCUCAGAUCGAUGAUACUCUUCACACGAGUGAUGGACCGAAAUCCGCGUCCUUCUUUCAGGAGAAGCUUGCCCCAACAUCGGGCCGGAGACUCUCUCGUACCGGCGACGGGGACACUGCCCUGGCUCUCUUCGGAUCUCCAGACGAACUCCAUGAGCCUAUCGAUCCUGCCGAAGCGAAACGCCUUGUGCGCAAGAUUGACUACAUAAUAUUGCCCUAUCUUGCAGUCUGCUACGCGUUCUUCUAUAUCGACAAGACCACGCUCUCGUACGCCGCCAUCUUCGGGAUACGGGAAGACCUCAAUCUGGUUGGAACACAGUACAGCUGGUUAAGCUCGAUCUUCUACUUCGGCUUCCUUGCUUGGGCUUUCCCGACGAACUUCCUCCUACAGAAAUUUCCUGUCGGCAAAUAUCUGGGCUUCAACAUCUUCAUGUGGGGGGCUCUUUUAAUGGCUCAGGCAGCAGCGACGAAUUUCACGACGCUUGCUGUCCUUCGUGCACUUUCUGGCGCCGCCGAGGCCUGCGCCGAUCCAGCUUUCAUGCUCAUCACCAGCAUGUGGUACACUCGCCGACAGCAGCCUAUUCGAAUGGGGCUCUGGUACACUGCGAACGGCUUCGGCAUUGCCCUUGGUGGACUUCUGGGCUACGGUAUUGGAAGCAUCAAAUCGUCACUGCCGUCGUGGAAGUGGGAGUUCAUCAUCAUCGGCGCCUUAUGUUCGAUCUGGGGGAUCGUAAUGUUCUUCAUGCUCCCGGAUAGUCCUGUGACCGCACCGAUGCUCAGCCAAAGGGAGCGCAAGAUCGCCGUCGAGAGGCUUAGGGAGAACCAAACGGGUAUCGAGAACAAACACCUUAAACUGUACCAGGUCGUCGAGGCUCUCAAAGAUCCCAAGACGUACCUGCUUUUCACUCUCGGCCUGGUCGGCAACAUUCCCAACGGCGGCAUCUCCAACUUCGGCACCAUUAUCAUCAGAGGCUUUGGAUUUAGUACCCUUGUUACAACGCUGAUGCAGAUACCAUACGGUUUCAUCAUCGCUAUAUCCAUCCUCUCCUGCGUCUAUAUCAACGACUAUCUGGCAACGAAGCAUGGCAAAAAUACUCGGUGUUGGUUCAUCCUGCUAUACCUGGUUCCCAACAUUGCUGGUGCGUUCGGACUGCGCUUCGUUGGCACAGAGCACGGAGUCGGCCGCCUCAUCUGCUACUACCUAACCGGCCCGUACAAUGCGUCGUUCGUGCUCAUUCUCAGCUUGACCACCGCGAACACGGCCGGCCACACGAAGAAGGUGGUAACGAACGCCGUACUCUUCCUCGGCUACUGCGUGGGCAAUAUCGCCGGGCCGUUCUUUUACAGGUCCGACCAAUCGCCGACCUACUCGCUCGGCAUUUGGUCAAUGAUUGUAAGUCACCUCAUUGAGGUGGUGACGGUCCUCGUCCUCCGUUGGAUAUUGAGCAGGGAGAACCGGAGGAGGGACAAGGCUAUGGCGGAGAAGGGAGCGGUGCCUGAUUUGGAUGCUACGGCCUUUGGAGACAUGACGGAUUGGGAGAACGAGAACUUUAGAUAUGUUUACUGA